ACCGUGUUGCUCUCUUCCCCAUUUCGCUGCUUUGUUUUCAUUGUCGCUCUUUUGAUCAUGGCUGCCCAUUCUACCGAAGAACCGUUCCCCUUCCACGGGCUGCUCCCCAAAAAAGAAACCGGCGCCGCGUCUUACCUCACCAGGUUCCCCGAGUACGAUGGCCGAGGAGUGCUCAUCGCUAUCCUCGACACCGGCGUGGAUCCCGGGGCCCCCGGCAUGCAGGUCACAACUGAGGGAAAGCCAAAGAUUGUCGACAUCAUCGAUACAACAGGCAGCGGUGACGUGAACAUGGCGACGGUAGCAGAACCUAAAGAUGGGACAAUCGCUGGCCUCUCUGGUAGAACACUUAAGAUCCCUCCUGCCUGGGUCAAUCCAUCAGGGAAGUAUCGCAUUGGAGUUAAAAAUGGCUACGAGUUCUUCCCUAAGGCUCUCAAAGAAAGAAUACAGAAAGAACGAAAGGAGAAAAUGUGGGACCCACCACACCGAGCAGCACUAGCUGAGGUGUCUCGCAAGACAGAAGAGUUUGACCUCUCUCACCCAACACCCUCACAGUUAGAGAAAUUGCAGAAAGAAGAGCUGCAGAGUCAGUCAGAGCUGCUGGCAUCACUAGAAAAGAAGUACAGUGAUCCUGGUCCCGUGUAUGACUGUGUGCUCUGGCAUGACGGUGUCACAUGGAGGGCUGUGGUCGACACUUCAGAGAGCGGAGAGCUGUCCCAGUGCACUGUGCUCAGCUCCUACAAAGAGUCGCAAGAGUAUGCCACAUUAGGAAACGCUGAGAUGCUCAACUACUCUGUUAAUAUUUAUGAUGAAGGAAACACACUCUGCAUUGUCACCAGUGGAGGAGCUCAUGGGACACACGUGGCAAGCAUUGCAGCAGGUUACUUCCCAGAGGAGCCUGAGCGCAACGGUGUGGCCCCCGGUGCCCAAAUCUUGGCUCUGAAGAUUGGAGACACCCGCCUCAGCACCAUGGAAACAGGCACAGGACUCAUCCGUGCGAUGAUUGAAGUCAUCAACUACAAGUGUGACCUUGUUAACUAUAGCUAUGGGGAAGCCACCCACUGGCCCAAUACAGGGAGGAUUUGUGAGGUGAUCACAGAGGCUGUGCAGAAGCACAAUGUUAUAUUUGUUUCAAGUGCAGGAAACAACGGCCCGUGCCUCUCCACGGUUGGCUGCCCGGGGGGAACCACCAGCAGUGUCAUAGGAGUUGGAGCAUAUGUCACUCCAGACAUGAUGGUGGCAGAGUAUUCCCUGAGGGAGAAGCUGCCUCCCAACCAGUACACCUGGUCGUCCAGGGGCCCCAGUACAGACGGGGCCCUUGGGGUCAGUAUCAGUGCCCCUGGUGGAGCGAUUGCGUCCGUACCCAAUUGGACUCUUCGUGGUACCCAGCUGAUGAACGGCACAUCCAUGUCAUCCCCAAAUGCCUGUGGAGGCAUCGCACUAAUCCUCUCAGGACUGAAGCAAAGUGGGAUCCCUCCCUCUGUUCCUGCGGUGAGGAGAGCGCUGGAGCACACGGCUCUGAAGGUUGAUGACAUCGAGGUGUUUGCACAGGGUCAUGGAAUAAUCCAGGUGGAUAAGGCAUUAGACUACCUCAUUCAACACGCCACUUUACCCACAAGCCACCUAGGCUUCACAGUAACUGUGGGAUCACAGAGAGGCAUCUACCUCAGGGACCCAGCCCACGUCCUUGCACCCUCAGAUCACGGAGUAGGAAUUGAACCCAUUUUCCCGGAAAACACGGGGAACUCGGAGCGAAUCUCCUUGCAGCUACAUUUGGCGCUCACAUGUGCCGCCCCGUGGGUCCAGUGCCCCUCCCAUCUAGAGCUGAUGAACCAGUGUCGUCAUGUCAAUGUUCGUAUCGACCCUGUGGGACUGAGAGAGGGCGUGCACUACACAGAGGUGUGUGGGUAUGAUACAGCAGCACCUACCUGUGGCCCCCUAUUCAGAGUCCCAAUCACAGUUAUUAUCCCUGCCAAAGUGACGGAUAGUCGUAAUCAGGAGGUGAGUUUCACAGACGUCCACUUCAGACCAGGCCAGAUCAGACGCCACUUCAUCACUGUUCCUCAGGGAGCCUCCUGGGCAGAGAUCACACUGACGUCUCAUUCGGGAGAUGUGUCGUCAAAGUUUGUCCUCCAUGCAGUGCACUUGGUCAAGCAGAGAGCAUACAGAGCUAAUGAAUUCUACAAGUUCUCUUCGCUGUUGGAAAGAGGCUCACUAACUGAGGCUUUCCCUGUGCUGUCAGGAAGGGUAGUAGAGUUGUGCAUUGCACGCUGGUGGGCAAGCUUGGGUGACGUCACAGUGGACUACAACAUCUCGUUCCAUGGACUGAACAUUUCCCCUUCACCCCUGCACAUACAUGCCUCAGAGGGAGUGACGAGUUUCGAUGUGUCGUCGCCUCUGAGGUACGAGGAGGUGUCACCCACUAUCACCCUCAAGUCUUGGGUUCAGCCUCUCAGGCCCAUAAGUUCAAAGAUAAAAGCCCUGGGACUGAGGGAUGUUCUGCCUAACAACCGACAACUCUACGAGAUUGUCCUCACCUACAGCUUUCACCAGCCUAAGAGUGGAGAGGUCACCCCCAGCUGUCCCAUGCUGUGUGAGCUGCUGUAUGAGUCUGAGUUUGACAGUCAGCUCUGGAUGCUGUUUGAUCAGAACAAGAGGCUGCUGGGCUCAGGGGACGCCUACCCACACCAGUAUUCUCUGAAGCUGGAAAAAGGGGACUACACUGUGCGUCUGCAGGUCCGCCACGAGCAGUCCAGCGAGCUGGAGCGCCUCAAGGACCUACCGUUUGUGGUUUCUCACCGUCUGUCCACCACACUCAGUCUGGAUGUCUACGAGUCGCACCGUGCUGCUCUCAUGGCCAAGAAGAAGGCAAACUCCAUCACCUUGUGCCCGGGUGCCACCCAGCCCUUCUACGUCACAUCCCUGCCAGACGACAAGAUCCCAAAAGGGACGAGUCCAGGAUGCUAUCUUUCAGGCUCCCUGGUUGUCCCCAAAAGCGAGUAUGGCAAGAAAGCAGGGCAGGCCUCUGCAAAACGACAAGGAAAGUUUAAAAAGGAUCUCGUUUCAGUCAUCUACCACUUAAUCCCUGCUCCCAACAAAGCAAAGAACGGAGGGAAGGAGAAGGACAAGGAAGGAGACAAAGAGAAAGACGUGAAGGAGGAGUUUGCAGAAGCCAUGAGGGACUUAAAGAUUCAGUGGAUGACAAAGUUGGACUCCAGCGCCAUCUAUGAUGAACUAAGGGAGACCUACCAAGAUUACCUUCCGCUGCAUGUGCAAAGACUGCACCAGCUGGACUCUGAAAAGGAGCGUUUAAAACGUCUCAAGGAGGUGGUGUCAGCAGCCGACUUUGUCAUCUCCCACAUCGACCAGACAGCCUUGGCAGUUUACCUCACCAUGAAGACAGACCCGCGGCCUGACGCUGCCUCUAUCAAGACUGACAUGGAGAAGCAGAAGUCGUCCCUGCUGGACGCUCUGUGCAGGAAGGGCUCAGCUCUGGCCGACCAGCUCCUGCUGCCCCCGGCACCGCAGGACGGCGCUGGUGCUGUCUCCACGGGAUCAGCGGCAGCAGAAGAGGAGGUUGUGGAACAGGUGGCCAGCAGUUCUGAAGACACCGUGCAAAACGUGGUUAAAACACUGACAGAUACAUUUUGGGAGGUGCAGAAGUGGGCGGAGCUAACUGACUCCAAGGUGUUGAUGUUUUCCUACAAACACGCUCUCGUGAACAAGAUGUACGGCCGAGCCUUAAAAUACGCCUCAAAGAUGUUGGAGGAGAAGCCCAGCAAAGAUAACAUGAAGAACUGCAUCCAGCUCAUGCGACACCUCCGAUGGACACACUGCGCCACCUUCAGUGAGAACUGGCUCCCCGUCAUGUACCCCGCAGAAUACACACCCUUCUAGGCACAGACGCACAUGCAUGCACAAGCAGCAUGGCCAUACAUGGUUCAUUACAUGGUAACCUCGAUAUCAUGUCCCUCAGGGUCACAUGGUCUAUGCAUCUGGUUUUUCAAAUUUAGAUGUAGGUGGACACCAACGUGAAGGAUAACGCUGGGUGUAAACGAUUUGAGGCACUCGACACCUUUUAAGGCAAGAGGGGAUCGUGCUAAUCCUGUCUCUAAAUGUCUCGCUGAACAUCUCAGCUCUGCAGAGCGUGUGGCACAACAGUUCAUUUGAUUACCACAAGCAAAAGAACUAGAAGCUUAAAUUUUUUUAAAUGAUCCAAACUUUUUCCAAGGCUUGUUGACUGUGUAGGUCACUUCUUUCUUAGUUGGGCGUUAUCCUUUAUUUUGGUGUCAUCUACACAUUUGGAGACUCUCACAACCCCACUCAUCCUCAGCUGUACGGACUCCAUAUCACAUAAAUAACCUCCGUCUCUCGUGUAAAUACUGUAAAAGGGCCAGUGCGGACUCCAGGGAUGCAUCCCAAGUCUUUGUAAAAAAAAAAAACAAAACAAAAAACUGUGACCCCAUCUACUCACUUUCAAAAAACCUGUUAUGAUACUUCGGUGAGAAGACAGGACUUGCUGCUGCUCGAUUUUCGGACACACGAAGGCACGCAGAGUCUGCCUGAUCCCUGAAUGAAAGGGGAGACAGAACUUGAUAUCUCAUUUCUUUGUUUUUCUUUAUGUGGUUUUUUUAUUGUUGCAGCCGGGCCGGGUUUGUCUGUCGUUCGAGGCUUUGACUUGUGUACACAGAACACAAAACAGUAUGGAGGUGCCUUUCUACAUGUACCUUACCUUUCUCUGAUGGGAUGGAAAACAGCGCGAGGCUGCGGAAUCAGUAGCGUCAGUCAACACUUAGCCGCUUGCAGUCAUUUCACCCAUCAGCCUUUGGUGUCAAAUAUGUUUCACAGCUCGUAUCUGCAGCGUGACGUGUCCGUGCACUGUAUGCAGGCCGUCAGUGACUUGUCAGGUAGCAGUAAGCCACAGACACACUUUUCCGGCUUCUGCUUACCUCCAGAGGUGUUGGCCACCCACGUCAUGCUGCAGUUACCCGAGCCGCACAUUUGACGACCAUCUUAACAGACCUCACUAACGUAACAGAUGCAGUCAUGGGCAGCGGAAAGGAUGUUCAGAUUUUCAUUGUAAAAUGUUCACGCAGUAUUAGACAUUUCUCUGCAGCAUUCAAAAUGUUGCGUUUGUACACAGUGUCAUAAAAAUGUACAUACACACAUAAAAAAAUAUUAAGAUGCAAUAGGUAUAUAAUACAAAUAUUAUUCUAAUUGAUGUAUUUUGCAUAUAUGCAUGUCUUCUAGGAUGUAAGGAAAAGCAGUUUUAUUUGGAAGAAGAUUUUAGUUUGUUUCAAUUUGAAAGAUUUUUAAUCCCAAACAAGAUUCUGAAGAUGAUCCACUGUUGUUCUUCUCAUGAGUGUGUGUUUGUGAAUGACUUUACGUGUUACUUGUGAGCAUAUUUUGUGUACAUGAACAUUUUACCCAACAGAACUGAAAUCAUAGCCAACUUAGAGGGGGUUAAACAUGAGUCUGAUUUUUUUCUUGUCAGAUACCUUAUUUACUUUAAAGGACCGUGCCAGUGGUUUUUGUAUGUUUAAUCUGAUUUGCUAUGAAACAUAAAUACUUAACAUCACGGCUGAUGAUUUUGCUUAUUAUGUCAUUUUAGAUUUCUUAUGGAUUUUUCCUGCCAUUUCAAUUUAAUAUAAUAGGAGAUAUUUCAAAACCUCCAUUGAAUUUGAGAAAUGUAAUUGCAAGGGCCUUUAAUGCAGUCAUCUUUUCACAAUGGUGGAAAUAAGUUUUCAGUAUUUCACACACAAGGUUUCUGUCUCACUGCGUAGAGUGGUCUGAGUUUAAUAUUUCUGAACACCAAUCAGGGGUUAGCAUCAUUUCAGUCAAAACACAAUGACAGUUUUGAGGUUUUAUGUGUACGUUACCACUGUCUGCACCCACACAGAGCUGCUGAAGCAGGGUUAGCUGAAUUUCUGAAUGUUAAACUUAUUAAAUGAUAAAUAACAUUUUCUCAAACUUUAACUUUGGUGCUUGUUCAUUAAUAUUAAAUGUCACAGAAAAGUACUUCAGAUUUGAAAGUACGUUUGUUAAGUGUUUUUAAGUGGUAUUAUUGUUAGUGACAUUGUUACAAAGACAAACGGAUCAAUUUUCACAAUCACUUAGGUUGUUUCUCGGUCUGCUGUCUCCACUACUGUGGAUAAUGACAGUCUUCAGUAACUCUUAUUUUCAGAAAAAAUGUGCUUCAUUUGUGCCGUGAAUUGAGUCUUUAUAUUCCCCGCAGAUUGUACCCGUGGCGGACAAUUGCAUAGUGAAAUCCAGGCUUACAGGGAACCAGUCUAUACGCAGGUGGUGUCAUUGCUCCGUAGCCAUUUCAUUGUGCAAUCAAUAUUUGCCUAAUUUUGACAAGUAAAAGCCAAAAAAUGUGUAUUUCCACUUUCAUCAAAGUGGCAGCGUCGUCGUUUGACAGUGCAGUGUAAUUGCAUAUUUACUUAAAAAGCCUUUUUUGCUUUAGUCUGCAGAGAUAAUGAAACUUUGACAAAAAAUAAAUGCAGAUUGAUGUUCACUUUGAUGCAACUUGAGAGAAAACUCCACCAAUUUACGCAUAUGUUAGUUUCAUGAUUAGCUUUUCUUUUCUUUUCAAUGAAAAUCAAACUCGAUGCAGCAGAACCAGAGCUAUCUGGAGAUAUUUUCCAUUUUAAAACUUGUAGUGUUCAGCCCCAGUUGACAAAGACAGUUCAUCUGUGAAAUAAAAAACUGCACUGCAUGCCUUUGUAAGUGGUCAGCAACAAUUUCAGGCUACAACAGUGGAGUUCAAAUGUGCAAAAACACUGGUACGGUCCUUUAAUAUAUCACCUGAAUCAUGUAACAAAUGAGGACGUGUGGCUGUUUGUUUGCACAGUGCCUGUACAAAAGAGGGCAAUGCUAAAGACACAAACAACAUAUCCACUUUUUAAUCUUUAUAUUUGUGAUUCUCAACCUUUUUGGCUCGUAAAAGUGUAAAAGAAAAGUGUGGUUUCCUGUCACAGUGUGUAGUAUUACCAGUUUACCCAAAGAAAGAUUUCCCCAUGUUAGCUGGUGUAAUUGUCAAAGGAAGCGUGAAGGCUAAUAAUGAUAAAAUUGGACAUAAUGAGUAGAGGAAAGAAGUAGAUUCACCUUUAGACCAAGCAGUCUGAGAACCACUGGUCUGUAUAAAAUGGCUCUAAUUAUGUUCUAAUUAAGUCCUCUGACAUGUAGAAGGUGCAUUCCUAAGAGUGUAAACGCAGCUGCUUUCAAGUUGAGGCCUUUCGUCCUCCUGGGAGUAAAUCUUUUAUAGGAUGACUGUUGUGCAUACACAGCGAAUCAGCGGUCACAACCCAUGAUGACCCCGGGUAAAGACACCUUGUGUUUCUGUUUUUAGCCGUGACUCGUGUGCACUUUCUGCAGAGGCCUAAGAAGCCUCUCCCAGUGCACAGGGCUUCCACAGGGCUUCACUGGAGUCAGUUGGGUUGGACAGAAUCUGUGCUCAUCGUCUUUACUUUUUGCAUCUUCAGUUUCCUCCUGCUUCUUUGUCCUCUCUCCUGUGUUUGGGGUUAGGUUCAGGCAGAUGUUGCGUUCAGGGCUCAGCUGUCUACAGUAGGCGUUGCCAAUGACAGUCUCUCCGAAAAUGGCCUUAAACUUUCACCACAGGACUGUACCGUCCAUUUCUGGCACCAAACAGACGUCUCUGUAUCUGUUGCUCUCACUCUGCUGGUGUCAGGAAAAGACUUCAGAAAUGCUUCUUCUGGAUGUGGAGUGUUUAUAUUUGUAGUCAUAAAAAUCUAGUAAAUGCCAAUAUUUUACAGAAUGUUAUGAGAUAAGGUUGUAUGCUCUUAGUAUUAUUUUAUAUCCAUUCUUCCUCGAUGACGUGGGAAAGACCUGUGCUACUGUCACACUAUUUUGUGGUCACGUGGAAUUAAGUCACAAACAAGGAAAACAACACUGAAUAAAAAUGAUUUGGAAGAA